CUUUGAAGUGUUACUUCCGGAUCGUUGAAACGUUAUUGAUAUUGAUUUUAUCGUUAAUUUUUGUAUCAUAUCAAGCAUUUCCUUAACAUAUUUUGUUACAAUCGAAAUCACGGCAUUGUUAAAAGUUGGAAAGGUUUACUUGAGUCAAAAUGAAUAUAUUUAAUGAAUUAAAAUCGGAAAGUCUCAUUCCAGCGGUAGUUAUACUUGCCUUUUUAAUGGUAGUCGGAUUUGUUGGCAAUUUGCAUGUUCUUUUCGUGUACGCUUUUCGUGUAAAACCAACAAACCACAGGAUUUACAUAAUAUUUCUAAGCAUUCAGGAUAUCACUGCAUGCACAAUUCUUAUCCCUCUAAGAAUUUAUAUAUACAAUAAUUUAUGGACUCACAGCAAUGUUUUCACGUGUAAAUUUGGAAGUUUUAUGAUGUGCUUAAUUCUUACUGGAUCGGCAUUUACCCUGAUUUUGGUUGCAAUUGACAGGUACCGUAAGAUAUGUAAUCCACAUGGGUGGCAGAUAAAAAGACCAAUUGCUAAACUGCUAUGCUUCGUGGUAACGUUGUGUGCAUGUUUUUGUUCAUGGCCUACAGCAGCGUUAGGUGAGGUGAAGAAUAUUUCUGUAAAUAAUAAAACAAUCUCAAUGUGUAGUACUAUUGAUGGGUAUCUUAAAUAUCAACUUUAUCAUCGUAUUUUCAUGGCAGUGAUAUUUUUCGGUUCGUUUUGCAUUUUGGUAGUUCUUUAUGUGUGUAUCUUAAAAUCAACAUCCACUUAUCAUGUCAAAGAAAAAGUUAAUGAAACGAAACAAUGUGGAUCAAGUUGUUACGUUGUGAACAGUUCUAAAGAAAAUUUAAUUCCAGAUGGAGAAGGCAUUGUAUCUAUAGACGAAGAAAAUAAACAAGAUAAAGUUGGGCGUCAGACAAAGUUAGACAACAAAAACUUAACAAAGUGUUCCACUGGUCAGGUUGUGACACAGACAUCAAAUGAAAGUCAACAAAAACAAAAAAGGACCAGGCGGAUAACUCUUGCUUUCACAUUAAUAACAGUGUUUUAUUUUAUUAGUUAUAUCCCAUUCAUAUCUCUGGAUAUCUUUCUAUUACAUGGUUUGUUCACCUCCACAUCACCUACUAUAGAUGUUUUCAUUGCGAUACACAUUGUUAGCUCCUGUGUAUUCAUCAAUAGUACGGUUAACUGUUUUAUCUACAGCUGCUUCGACGGUCGAUUCAGAGAAGAAAUAGUGAUGUUAUAUAAAAAGUUAUGUUGUAGACACCAAGAAACUGUUUGAAACACAAAGCAGGAAUCGAAUAUUAUAAUGUACCCUACCAAAAACAGUAUCAUUGCCUUAUAUACUUAGUUUGAUUACAGAGUCUGGUAUUUUACGAGUUAUAAAGUUUUUAACAGGUUUUAUGGACCUACAUAAAACGGUUUCUUGCAAAACACCUUUUAUAAACGGCCAUAUAACCUGUCAGAAUCUUAAUGACGAGUUUAUAAUAAUGAAAACUCCCUUUAUAAGAAGGAAAAAAAGAUUUUUUUCCUAAAUCGACUGCACCCGUAUACAUAGAUAACAUAAUCGUCAUGAUCAUCCAAUGAAAAAUGACGUUACAAAGUUGCAGUACUUUAAAAUACAAUUGCCUGUAUGUUUUUUUAAUUUGUUGUUGUUUUUUUAUGACUUUGAAAAUCGUAUUUGUAAAUAUAAACACACUGUGAUUAGAUACGUUUGGUACAAAUAAUUGCAAAUAUUUAAAAGGGUGUUUUUUUUUUCUUCCGGAAACAUUUCCAAUUCCAAUGUAAGAGAACAAAAUACUUUUAUGCAAUAUAAGGAGUUUCAUGCCUUUUUAUAUAUAUGCAUAUUUAAAACAUAAUAAAGUUUCUUCAAAAAAACGUUGUCAUCUGUGUUGAACACUAUGUCGUCUUUAAUAUGCAUAACUGACGCUACAAAAUAAGAAUUUCAUGAAAUUUAAAGUUUACGAGAUAUUUGCAUGAAUUCAAUACAUAAAUUGAUAUUGUAUUAAAUUGUACUUUGUGUUUUAAAAUGUUAUGCAAUUAAAACAGACCAGUUAAAGAUUA